GAUUUUAGAAAUCAGAUCAAAGCAACAAGAAAACCAAGAAUCAAAUUAUUAAAAAAAAUCAAGAAUCAAAACGUCACUUGAAAAGAAAGCAACGAGCGAUGUCUCUAAUCCCAAGCAUUUUCGGAGGACGUAGAACAAACGUCUUCGAUCCCUUCUCGCAAGACAUAUGGGAUCCAUUCGAAGGACUCUUCACACCAUCUUCUGCGUUAGCAAACGCUGCAUCCGCUCGGGACGUGGCAGCGUUUACAAACGCUAAAGUUGACUGGAAGGAAACUCCGGAGGCACACGUGUUCAAAGCAGACUUGCCGGGACUGAAGAAGGAAGAGGUGAAGGUUGAGGUUGAAGACAAGAACGUUCUUCAGAUCAGUGGAGAGAGGAGCAAGGAGAACGAAGAGAAGAACGACACUUGGCACCGUGUGGAGAGGGCUAGUGGGAAGUUUAUGAGGAGGUUUAGAUUGCCUGAGAAUGCAAAGAUGGAAGAAGUUAAGGCGACAAUGGAGAACGGUGUGCUUACGGUUAUGGUUCCGAAAGCUCCCGAGAAGAAGCCUCAAGUCAAGUCAAUUGAUAUCUCCGGCUAAUUGAACAUGAAAGAUGAAGAUUUGGUGUGUCAUGGUGUGAAAGUAAAAAACGUGUGUGUGCUUAAAUUUGUGGUGUUUGGUUUGUUGUUUUGUGAAAUUGUCGCUUUUUUCUGAAAAAUCAUAUGAAUGUAACAUCUUAUUAUAAUGAAUAAACGAGUGUUCCUAUAAUUAAAA